UCAUAAUUAAAGGAAGGCAGCUCGAUUGGAAGUUAGAAGCACAAAGAGCAGAUGAGAAGCAGUGUUACAUUAUAUGCUUUUUUUGUCUUCUGAAAAUUAAAGGGGAGGUGGUUCUUCUCCGUUGCAGCAGAAAGACCCUCAAGUUUUCCCUUUCCUAUUUUAAGCUGGCAUUAAAUUCAAUUCAAGAUGCAGCAGCAGCAGCAGCACCAACAAGUAUACAGAUCCAUCUAUCCAUAAUAAUUAAUAACUAACAAUGGACACUGGUGGCAAUUCUCUUCCGUCUGCUGCUCCUGAUGGGGUUAAGAGAAAGGUUUGCUAUUUCUACGAUCCAGAAGUCGGCAAUUACUAUUAUGGCCAGGGUCACCCCAUGAAGCCCCAUCGCAUUCGAAUGACCCAUGCUCUCCUUGCCCACUACGGCUUGCUUCAGCACAUGCAGGUCCUCAAGCCCUUUCCUGCUCGUGACCGCGAUCUUUGCCGCUUCCAUGCUGAUGAUUAUGUCUCUUUCCUCCGCAGCAUCACCCCUGAGACCCAGCAGGACCAGCUCAGGCAGCUCAAGCGCUUUAACGUUGGCGAAGAUUGUCCUGUCUUUGAUGGCCUGUACUCCUUCUGCCAGACUUACGCUGGUGGCUCUGUUGGGGGUGCCGUCAAGUUAAAUCACAACCUCUGUGACAUUGCUGUCAAUUGGGCUGGUGGCCUCCAUCAUGCUAAGAAGUGUGAAGCUUCUGGUUUUUGCUAUGUUAAUGACAUCGUGCUUGCAAUCUUGGAGCUUCUUAAAGUGCACGAGCGUGUUCUGUAUGUGGAUAUUGACAUUCACCAUGGUGAUGGUGUGGAGGAAGCAUUUUACACCACUGACAGAGUCAUGACUGUUUCAUUCCAUAAAUUUGGAGAUUACUUUCCCGGCACAGGAGAUAUACGUGACAUUGGAUUUUCAAAAGGAAAAUACUACUCUCUCAAUGUUCCAUUGGAUGAUGGAAUUGACGAUGAGAGCUAUCAUUUCUUGUUUAAACCACUAAUUGGAAAAGUAAUGGAAGUUUUUAAACCGGGUGCUGUGGUUCUCCAAUGUGGUGCUGACUCGUUAUCUGGGGAUAGAUUAGGAUGCUUCAAUCUUUCUAUCAAGGGCCAUGCAGAGUGCGUUAAAUUUAUGAGAUCUUUCAACGUGCCAUUAUUGCUAUUGGGCGGUGGCGGCUACACCAUUCGAAAUGUUGCUCGCUGCUGGUGCUACGAGACUGGAGUUGCACUUGGAAUUGAAGUUGAUGAUAAGAUGCCACAGCAUGAGUAUUAUGAGUACUUUGGUCCAGAUUAUACUCUUCAUGUUGCCCCUAGCAACAUGGAAAAUAAGAAUUCCCACCAGUUACUUGAGGAAAUACGGUCUAAGCUCCUUGAUAAUCUUUCAAAGCUUCAGCAUGCACCGAGUGUCCAAUUUCAGGAAAGACCACCUGAUACUGAGCUUCCGGAGGCAGAAGAAGAUCAGGAUGAUGCAGAUGAGAGAUGGGAUCCAGAUUCUGAUAUGGAUGUUGAUGAUGAACGAAAGCCAUUACCAAGCAGAGUGAAGAGAGAAAUAGUUGAAGCUGAGCCAAAGGAGUUGGAGGGUCAGAAAGGAAGUUCUGAGUAUGCUAGAGGCUUUGAUACAGCAAUAGGUGAAAAUGCAAGUGGAAAGGCUUUGGAUGCUGGUCCUAUGCAAAUUGAUGAUCCAGGUGUGAGAGUUGAACAGGAAAAUGUGAACAAGCAUUCUGAUCAGUUGUACUCCAAGUAGGGGCUAGGUGUGAGAGUUGAACAGGAAAAUGUGAACAAGCCUUCUAAUCAAAUGGAAUCCCAAGUAAAAAGCACCAUUCCACAAACUAUUCCAAGUUUGUGUAUGGUUUUAUCGAGUUAAGCAUAUAUGAUGAGUACAAACUCGGAUCACACAUGAUAAGCUGAAUGGUUUCGUCUCUAAUUAUGUUUUUUUUUAUUAAGGCAUUUUGUAUUGGAUAUUGUGGAAACUUGGAAUUGAAGUUCAAAAAUGGUGAAAAAAAUAUUCUUUGAACUUGUUA